UCGAAGCAAAACAAGUCGCCGGUAACGUGUGUUUUUCCUCUAAAUUCGUCCGAAAAUCGGAAGGCGAUGUCGAUGUGGAGGGCGGCUUGCGGUUUGCAGAGGGCCGUUAGCCGGAUGUCCUGUCCCCUCCAAAGGACUCGGCCCGUGAAGUUGCUGGUUGGCCCUUUGGCGAGGAUGCCAGUGCGGGGCGCCGCAACUGUCGCCGUCGAGGGCUCGCAGAAGGCUGUGGGCUGGUGGCUGAUGGGAUGCGGAGGAAUGGUGUUCGGCGCCGUGGUGCUGGGCGGCGUGACGCGUCUCACCGAGUCCGGCCUCUCGAUGGUCACUUGGCGCCUGCUGGGCGAGCACCGUCCUCGCACCCAGCAAGAGUGGCAAGACGAGUUUGCCCGCUACCAGCAGUUCCCUGAGUUCCAGAUCAAAAAUAAGGAUAUGCGCUUGGAGGAGUUCAAGAUGAUCUGGUGGAUGGAGUACCUGCACCGUCAGUGGGGCAGAACCAUCGGCGCAGCAUUUUUCCUUCCGGCCGCCUUCUUUUGGGCCAGGGGCCGCCUCAGUCCGGGUUUACAGCGCAGGGUGAUUGCGUGUGGCGGACUUCUUGGCGUACAGGGCCUCCUCGGCUGGUAUAUGGUGCGCUCAGGCCUCGAACAUGAACGUUUCAGUGCGCCUGACAGCUCUGAGCCCAGGGUGUCGCAGUACCGGCUGGCCGCACACCUCGGUACCGCCUUCCUCCUAUACACGCUGCUUCUGUGGAAUGGUCUUGACCAGCUGUUGCCCGCCCAACCCAUGCCCCAGGGUGCGUCAGCAUUAGCAGUGCAGCAGGCGCGACGCCUUCGAGGAAUGGUGCACGGAUGCAAGGCGGCCGUGCUGCUGACGGCAGUGUCCGGCGCCUUUGUGGCCGGCCUGGACGCUGGUCUGGUGUACAACUCAUUCCCCAAGAUGGCAGACAGGUGGAUCCCGUCGGACGUGCUGGCCAUGUCGCCGCCAUUGCGCAACCUGACUGAAAAUCCCACCACUGUACAGUUCCAGCACCGCGUAUUGGGCACGGGGACGCUUUUGCUAGUGACAGGAGUGUGGCUACUUGCCAGGAGGCGCACCCUUCCGCCCAGGGCGCAUACAGCUGCUGCUGCCGCCGCUGCCAUGGCCUGGAUGCAGGUGCUGUUGGGCAUAACGACCCUCUUGACCCUAGUGCCAGUGCCCAUAGCCGCAGCACACCAGUCAGGCUCUUUGAUGCUGCUCUCAUUUGCCAUCUGGCUGUCCCACGAGUUGAAGCGAGUGCCAAAGUAGACUUUUUCCGCACGAAAUUUUACUCUGAUUGAGACUGAAGUGUCCAGGACGCCUGGAAGGCGCCUGGUCAGAAAUUUCCACUGUAAGUGGCAAAAAGGCGUGUCAUUUCUUGAAUUGAUCCGCUGAUCUCUCAAAAUAAAGAAAGUGUACACGCAAGUUUGCUCCAAGGGAACUGAUGUUGUAAAUUAAAAAUCAAAAGUCAUAAAAAGAAUUGUGAUUAGAUCCGCUACAGAAAUAAACACUGAAGUGACAGGCCAGUUAAAUUAGAAA